GUGAUUUUGUUUUAUCAUUUACCAUGGACUUACUUACACUGUUAGGGUGUUUAGUUGUGAUAUUGUUAAUAAUCUUAAAGUCGGUGGAGCUGUGCAUGCGUACACUUUUCCUAGACACAAAGAAUAAAUGUGUCUUAAUAACAGGCUGUGAUACGGGAUUCGGGCACCUGCUAGCACAGGAGUUGGAUAAGAAAGGAAUCCGUGUCUUCGCCUCCUGUUUGACUGAAGAAGGGGAGAAAAAGCUUCUAGAGAAGUGUUCCUCCAAAGCUGUCGUGUUUCGUCUCGAUGUGACAAAAGAGGAAUCCAUUCAAAAUGCUGUGGAUCUGGUUAAGUCUAAACUUGCUAAAGAUGAAGUGCUCUGGGGUUUGGUCAACAACGCAGGAGUUCUCUUACUGGCGGCACCUUUAGAAUGGCAAACCAAAGAACAGUACGACAAAACUCUGGCUGUUAAUUUGUUCGGUGUCAUCGAAAUGACCAAGGCCUUCCUCCCUCUACUUCGACAGUCCAAAGGGCGGGUUGUCAACAUGUCUUCCAUUGUUUCCAUGUUAGCCAUUCCAAAACUGGCGCCAUACAACAUCAGUAAAGCGGCUGUAGAAUCGUACACAGAUACAUUAAGAAGAGAGAUGUAUAAUAUAGGAGUGACGGCUCACAUGAUACAACCCAGUGGGUUUACAACAAACGUCUUCCCGACGGACGCCAGUCAACGUCUCCGUAAAGCGUUUGAUGACCUUCCACAGGAGGUCAAGGACUUCUACGGCGAGAAAAGCGCCAAUAUGGGGUACACUGAUGUUGUGAAGGCUCGAGUAACCCUCGACCCAGACUUAACAAAGGUGACACGGGUAAUACAGCAUGCACUGUUCGCGCGCUUUCCACGGUACAGAUAUCCCGUAGGAAAAGGAGCUGUCUCAAUAUUCUGGACAUUUUCUCAUUUUCCCGAAAUAAUUCCCGAUAAACUGCUCGCAAUGUCAGCCCCAUGAACACGACCUUGACACAUUAUUUGGCAGCUUUAAUUACUUUGUUUAUUCUUGUUUAUAACCUGUACAUGUAUAUAUAUAUAUAAACUCAGAUCAGGAAUAACUAGGUACUACAGCGGAGUGAUACAUUUUCCACUAUAA